UAGACAAACUACCUGACCCGAGAAUAAUUGUGAUGCGCACGAGAUGACAAUGCGCAAGAUGCAGGGUAGCAUAAACACGCGCCUCCCUGGGCGUAAGGUGCUCGUACCGCAAACCGAGUGAAGCACCGUUUUCAGGAGAGAACUCGAAAUUUCGUGGCCUACAGGCAAAAAAGUUAAGGAAUAAGGAGGUGGGAAAAUAACACGGAUCAACUGACUGAAUUGCGAUGGAGGUCGCACCUUGUCAGCCUGCAGCGGAGACCGGAGGUGACCACUCCGCAAGCAUUUUGAUGACAGCGGGCGUGGAGAGAGCGGAGGUCGCCAGCCCCAGCCUGCUGUCCAAGCAGCGCUCUCUCCGGGCGGUUUAUGUGCUUAAUGAUGGACUGAAGGCUGUGGCUGCUAAUAGUCCAGAAUCCGGUGCCCUGCAGUGCCUUCAGCGAGCGUGCGACGCCGAGAGUGCAAUCCUGACCACAGUGACUUUCGGUCGACUGGACUUUGGGGAGACUACGGUAUUGGACACGUUCUAUGAUGCAGACAUUGCUGUGGUGGACAUGAGUGAUGUGUUCAGGCAGCCAUCCCUCUUUUACCAUCUGGGUGUGCGGGAGAGCUUCGACAUGGCCAACAAUGUCAUCCUGUACCACGACACUGAUCCUGAUACUGCCCAGUCCCUAAAGGACAUGGUGGCGCAGAAAAACACAGCAUCCAGUGGAAACUACUACUUCAUUCCAUAUGUGAUGACGCCCAACAAUGAGUACAUGUGCUGCGAGAAUGACGCCCAGCGCAGAGCCUCAGAAUACAUGCAGCCCAGCUGGGACAACCUGUUGGGCCCUCUGUGCCUCCCCUUGGUGGACCGCUUUGCCAGCUUGCUCAAGGACAUCCAUGUCACCUCUUGUGCCUCCUUCAAAGACACGCUCCUAAACGACAUCCGAAAAGCACGCGAUAAGUACCAGGGAGAGGAGCUGGCCAAAGAGUUGUCCCGCAUCAAACUCCGCAUCGACAACACAGAAGUUCUGACCCAGGACAUUGUUAUGAACUUGCUCUUCUCCUACAGAGACAUACAGGACUAUGAUGCCAUGGUGAAGCUUGUUCAGACUCUGGAGAUGCUGCCCACCUGCGACCUGGCCAACCAGCCCAUGAUCCAGUUCCACUAUGCCUUUGCUCUCAACAGGCGGAACAGUCCAGGGGACAGGGAACAGGCACUGCGGGUGAUGCUCCAGGUGCUGCAGUCAUGUGACCACCCUGCCCCAGAUAUGUUCUGUCUGUGUGGGAGGAUCUAUAAGGACAUCUUUCUGGACUCUGACUGUAAGGACACUAAGAACAGAGACAAUGCUAUCCAGUGGUACCGUAAGGGUUUUGAAUUGCAGCCAACGCUGUAUUCUGGGAUAAAUCUGGCUGUCCUGCUUAUUGUCGCCGGGCAGCAGUUUGAGAGCUCUAUUGAGCUACGAAAAAUUGGGGUUCGUUUGAACAGCCUUUUGGGGCGGAAGGGGAGCUUAGAGAAGAUGAAUAACUACUGGGACAUGGGUCAGUUCUUCACAGUCAGCAUGUUGGCCAAUGAUAUCCCUAAAGCCGUACAGGCUGCUGAGAAGCUCUUCAAACUCAAGCCCCCAAUCUGGUACCUGCGCUCAGUCGUUCAGAACCUCCAGUUGAUCCAGCGUUUUAAAAAACAGAACCUGGAACAUUCACCUCAGAGGGAGAGGCUGAAUUUCUGGAUGGACAUAAUUGUAGAGGCUACCCGUGGCACCACCAAAGGACUCAGAUUCCCAGUGCUGAUCCUGGAGCCAACUAAGAUCUACCAGCCUUCCUAUGUAUCCAUUAACAGUGAAGCUGAGGAGAAGAUGGUGUGCAUAUGGCAUGUGUCUCCAGCAGAAACAAAAGGAAUCCAUGAGUGGAACUUCACAGCCACAUCGAUCAAAGGAAUCAGCAUUUCCAAAUUUGAUGAGCGUUGCUGCUUCCUUUAUGUGCAUGACAACUCAGACGACUUCCAGAUCUACUUCUCCACUGAGGACCAGUGUGGACGGUUCUGCUCCAUGGUGAAGGAGGUCAUUUCAGAUGGGUCUGGGAAUGCUGUUGAGUUGGAGGGGGAAGGGGAUGGAGACACGCUGGAGUAUGAAUAUGACUACAAUGAGAAUGGGGACAGGGUGGUGUUGGGACGGGGCACAUAUGGCGUGGUGUACGCAGGAAGGGACCUGAGCAACCAGGUGCGCAUCGCCAUCAAAGAGAUCCCAGAGAAGGACAGCAGGUAUUCUCAGCCCCUCCAUGAGGAGAUCGCUCUGCACAAGUACCUGAAACACAGGAACAUUGUACAGUACCUGGGCUCUGUGUCUGAAGAUGGCUACAUCAAGAUAUUCAUGGAGCAGGUCCCUGGAGGAAGUCUAUCUGCCUUGCUGCGAUCCAAGUGGGGUCCACUGAAGGAGGCCACCAUCAUCUUCUACACACGUCAGAUCUUGGAGGGGCUGCGUUACCUGCAUGAGAACCAAAUUGUCCACCGAGACAUCAAGGGGGACAAUGUUCUGGUGAACACCUACAGUGGUGUGCUCAAAAUCUCUGACUUCGGGACAUCCAAGAGGCUGGCCGGGGUCAACCCUUGCACUGAGACCUUCACAGGCACGUUGCAGUACAUGGCCCCUGAGAUCAUUGAUAAAGGGCCCCGUGGGUAUGGAGCCCCUGCAGACAUCUGGUCCCUGGGCUGCACCAUCAUUGAAAUGGCUACAGGCAAACCUCCUUUCCAUGAGCUUGGAGAGCCCCAGGCCGCCAUGUUCAAGGUGGGAAUGUUCAAGAUCCACCCAGAGAUCCCAGAAUCUCUGUCAGCCGAGGCCAAGUCCUUCAUCCUGCACUGCUUUGAACCUGACCCCAACAAGAGGGCCACGGCCGGUGACCUGCUGAAGGACCUGUUUGUGCGUCACAACAUAAAGGGCAAGAAGAACAAGAUCGCCUUCAAACCCUCUGACUACAUCCGCAGCGUGUCACUCCCAGUGCAGCUGCAGGUGGAAGCCACAGGCAGUAGCAGCGAACACGGCUCCGUCUCACCCGACUGCGAUGCUAAGCACGACGUCUUCUUCGACAAGAAGAAGCGCUCAGGGUCUGAGAACCUUAUCAAACCACCUAGCGGCAACUUCCUCAGCGUACCAGAUGAGGGCUCUGCUUCAGAGGACCGAAGUGCACCUCCUUCCCCGGAGGACCGGGACUCAGGCCUCUUCUUGCUGAAGAAAGACAGUGAGAGGCGGGCCAUCCUGUACAAAGUCUUAAACGAGGACCAGGACAAGGUGAUAUCCAACCUCAUGGAGAACCAUAUACAGGGUGGUGAGGAGUUAAAACUCUCGGUAGACCACAUCAAGCAGAUAAUCUGCAUCCUGCGUGACUUCAUCCGUUCCCCUGAACGACGUGUCAUGGCAACCACCAUCUCAAAGCUGAAGCUGGACCUGGACUUUGACAGCACCUCCAUCAACCAGAUCCAGCUGGUCCUAUUUGGAUUCCAAGAUUCAGUGAACAAGGUCCUGAGAAACCACCACAUUAAACCCCACUGGAUGUUCGCCAUGGACAACAUCAUCCGUCGGGCAGUGCAGGCUGCCGUCACCAUCCUGAUCCCAGAGUUGCAGACUCAUUUCGGCCCGGCGUCGGAGAGCGAGGGAGCGGACAAGGACGCAGAUGAGGUGGACGAGGAGGAGGGGGCGGAGUUUGGGGCAACAGAGCCUGUCGUGCCGGAGGACCCUGGGCUGACGUCGGGCGUCAGCACCCUGAGUUCCGUGCUGUCCCAGGAGUCUCAGCGUCAGCACCAUCCAUUGGGGGCACAGCUGGGGCGGCUCAAACAGGAGACUAGCCGGCUGCUGGAAGAGCUUGUGCAGAAAGAGAAGGAGUACCAGCAAGUGCUGCGGCAGACCCUCCAGCAGAGGGCGCAUGAUCUGGACCUUGUUAGAAUCAAGAGCCGACCGACUGAAAUGAUUCCGCCUGCCAUAUUUCACAUCCCAGCUGACAUGGAACCUGAUAAGGAGCUUGCUGAUUGGCUGAAGGAGCAGGGCGCAGACUCAGACACCAUAGAGAAGUUUGUGAUGGAGGACUACACUCUGAACGACAUUCUCAAUGAUGUCACCAAAGAGGACCUAAGAUACCUGAGACUACGGGGUGGGACCCUCUGUCGGAUUUGGAGGGCGAUUCAGAAACACAGAGGUCGGGAGCAGAGGAGACAGCAGAAGAGUGGAGAGAAAAUGGAAGGCUGACGGGACUCUUGUUUGUGACACUUGACUCCCACAGCAGAAUGGAGACACGUGCACAUACUCACAAGUGCAUGCAGAACUUACAUUAUGAUGCUCUCAUUGGGUAGAGUGCUCAUAUUGCCUUGUAUUUGAUGUGCUCUCUGCUUUCUCUCCCCCUGAUUGUUCAGAGAUGUUUUUUUCUCUUUGUUAUUUGUCAGCUGAACCCCCUCAUAAACAUAUUAAUCUAUGGUUAUGCUUCCAUUAAAAUGUCAAACUGAGUUUGUCUUGGAGUACUAAAACCCAUUCCUUCUCAUUCCCUCCUUUUUUAACAUUUCCCGGGGAACUGUGUAGAUUCUAGUGAGCCCCAAACUAUCAAGUAGAGCUUGAAUUUACUAUUCACAAAAAAAAAAAAAAAGGAAGCAGUCCAAGUGUGGGGUAGGCUUUGUGGCAAUUGUCAGUCAUUUCAUCACCCUUCAUGCACAUUGAGGUAAGAUAUCAUAUUUGUCUGAACUGUCAAUUUACUCAAUGUUAAGGGAAAGCAUUUUGUACUUGUUUUUACUAUAAUCUGUGUGCAUUUUAUUUUUUUAGCUGUUCUGAAUGCUCAAUGUGGUUCUCUGCUUUGCUUUCUUUAGGUUUAUGAAAUUAACGUGCUGGUUAUACUGUACAUACACUCAGCGAGCACUUUGUUGGGUAUUUAUUGGACUUAUGUUUUAGACUUAUUAAGUCUUCUGCUGCUGUAGCCUAUCCACUUAGAGGUUUGACACGUUGUGUGUUCAGAGAUGCUCUACUGCAUACCACUGUUGUAAUAUGUGGUUAUUUGCAUUACUGUCAUCUUCCUGUCAUCUUUGACCAGUCAGGCUCUCUGAGCUCUCUAAUUAACAAUGUGUUUUACCUGUGGAACUGCUUCUCACUGGAUGUUUUUUUAGUUUUUUUCACACCACUCUCUACAAACUCUAGAGACUGUUGUGUGUGAAAAUCCCAGGAAAUCAGCAGUUUCUGAGAUACUCAAUCCACCCUGUCUGGCACCAACAAUCAUUCCACGGCCAAAGUCACUUAGAUCACAUUUCUUCUUCAUUCUGACAUUUGGUCUGGAAACAGCUGAACCUCUUGACCACCUGCAUGCUUUUAUGGAUAUAGUUGCUGCCACAUGAUUGGCUGAUGAGCAUUAACAAGCUGGUGUACAGGUCUACCUAAUAAAGUGAUCACUGAGUGUAUAAACAUACAGCAGCUCAAUAGAAAUCUGCAUCCAAACCUCAUGUUCAACCAUUGUGUAUAUUAUGGUAACCACUGCUCCACACUGCUGCUCUGACUACUGACCUACACUGCUGCUCUGAUGACCACUUGUGAAAGACAGAGUUGGCUGUGAACUGUGCUCAGAGAUUAUUAGUUUCCAGACAUGGGGGCCAUUAACAGGGUAAGACUGAGGUGAAGAGUUAUCUACAUAUUCAAACUUUACCAACUGGAAUUCAACCACUAUUUGAAUCAGCAAUUAUUCCUGUGCUUGUCUGUCUGGUAUGUAAGUGGAUGAACCCUUCUUCUGUUUGUGUUUGUGGGGUAUGGGACUAUGUGAACCCCUUUCAUGCAUUUUGGGGGGAUAUAUUCAAGACAAUGUACAUCCCACUGAAUCCAAAGGAGCUUGAGGAGAUGUUCAAGGAGACUGAGGUGGCAAAUAAGUAAAAUGAUGAAGGAAAUUCUUAUGAUACUUUCUGCACUUUACUCUCCAGCUUGGCAAGUCUGUUUCUAUUGUAUCAGAUGGAAAGCUAGGAACACACCGUGUGCAUAACAGUGUUGAACACACUGGUACCAAAGUUUUACAUGUUUGUUAUGUUUGGGGUAACGGAUAAGGGGGAGGUAGUCAGGUAAUGUUACUACAGUGACAGGUCUAACAAAGUUUAAUUUCAAUGUCUGCCCUUCUUACAGGGUUUUUUAAAGGGCUAUAGGUACUGAUAACAUGCUGAUGUUCUCUCAAUCAGUUUUUUUAAAUCACUGCCCUUCCAGGCAUGUACAGUAGUUGUUGCCAGGAUGUGUCUGCUGGGACACGCUGGUCACUAGAGGAAGACAACAGUGGAUGGGAGCUGGACAUAACACUGGUUCUGUGUUUUCUUAUGUGUGUGCCUGCAUGUCCCUCAUAUCUUAUAUUUUUUCUACCAGUCAGCUUGCCUGUGCAACUGUCUCCAUAGAUUAAGACCUCCUGAUGCACUUCAGUAUUCCCUUGUGGUGUGAUAAGGCCAUUUUCUUCUUUUACACUACCGGGUCAGUUCUGUGUACAGUGAAUGAAUUGGCUUCUAUUUAGAUCAUGCACUGUCUGUCUCCCAACUAGCAUCUGAAGGAGUACAAGGCUAUUAGAAAACCAAUGUUAUUAGGACACACCCUUCUCUCUUCCUGUUGUGCUUGACAUAUUGCACUUGUUAUUAGUUGUAGUAAUAAAAUAUGUGAGAAACAUUAAA